UAUGUGGCACUCGUACGUCUUUAGAACUGCGCUGCAACUGUCUGGUAGUUUUGCUGCAACACGUCGAGAAUAUUUAAGUUCGUUGUAAUGCACGAGAGCACGUUAGUAAGGUCUCACAGAUCCACUUAGAAGGGCGUUAGCAGCGGCGAGCAACAAAAUUGAACGGAAUUCGAAGCGGAAAUUAACUAAAGAAAACUUGGAAAGGAAAAAGCUUAACAAAACUACAAACACAAUCACACAAAUUUGGCUCGAAAUAUCAAACUUGCUGCCCCGCUUAUUAGAAAAAGUGUCGUUGUGCCCUUAAAACUUAUUAAGCAAAUGCACAUUUGUCAGACAGAUUGGUGUCAAUGCUGAGUCCCUCGACCACCGAUACCAAGCUGAAGCUACUGAAGUCCUUGCGCUUGUCUAAAAAUCUCGCUGUUAGUAAAGGUUCGCGCACCGGCAAUACCGCCAACAAUUUAGAACUCAAAGUUCUAACACAACUCCAACACGUACCGUGAACACGUACUUGGCCUCGUCGGAAACUGUGAACAAAAGUGCAAAACUUCAGUAGACUUCAUACGAAUUGGCUAUUUGAUUUUUAGUUCAAAACAAAAGAAGAAGAAGAAUAUACAAGUUAUUUUUUUUAAUUUUUUCGUCCACUUUCAUCCCACACAAUAUGGUUUACACCGAACGUACGGAUCGUUAUAUUGCGCCAAAAGAUCAGACCAAUAACAAUGCAGCGACUGGUAAGGCUUCUGAUGGCACCAACAAAUAUUCGACCCAGCGCUCCUCCAGCAGUUCGAGUAGCACCAGCAAUUCGAGUUGGGAGAGUAAAAAAUCAACGUCUGAGGAUAAAUGGAAGUACAAUAAUAUGGUACGCAAUGAACGUGAAAAAUUCAAUAGCUUACAUUUUUGCUAAGUUCCGAGUCGUACUGAGCGAAUGUCCAUCUUAUCAGCGCCUUAUAACUCCUGCGCCCACACCCCAUCCACCACACCCAUCCCCACCUUUAGUUUAGUUAUUUGAAUUUUUUUUUUAAAGCUAAGUUGUUGAUCUUCAAGUGAGAACCUUGCUAUUGUGAUCCAUAAUGUAGUUAUAAGUUCAAACAAUUUUAUAUAUCUGGAAAAGAAAUAAAAUGCAGUUUGUAGUUAAAGAAAUAACCA